AUGGAUACCGCUUUGGAGAUGACAAGUCCUGGCCGUAAGGCCAAGCUCGCGGAAACGAUUCAAUCUAUGGCAAACUUGAAUAGUAACAUUGAGAACAUGGAAUCACCUAUGGAUCCGGAUGCACAGGCAACAAUCACAGACUUUCUCGAUUUUACGGAAUACCUACCUUCUGAUUUGGUGCGGUCAUUGGCACUUAUUAGUGACCUCGAUGAGAAAUAUGUCAAUGCUUCAUCGAGCUUGAAUGACUUGACAAAAACCUAUGGUCACCUCCCCGAUCUUCCCGUCGAUACAAAACCUGACCCUGUCUCUUUGCGAAAAGAUAUAUCUACCAGCUUGACUGAUGCCCUCGGGGCACGUACAUUGGCUUUCGCAGAAGCAUCACAUCUGGUUGAGAACGUGGAGAGACAUUACAAAAGGGCCCAGAAUAUAUUGGCGAAGCUUCAGACCAUGGCCGAAAACUAUCCCGAAUCUCGAGAAACAAGCCCUGUCCCGCAGAAGCCAAAUUCACCUGUCGCAAAUCGAUUGCCAGGAAAAUUACUUUUGCGAACUGGAAACCCUGAUGGUCGCAUGCGUGUUCGCAAACGACGCGCGCCAAUCAUCACUGUUCCUGGUGAGGUCAUGGCUCCAUAUGAGCUCGACUACGAUUCUUAUGAUUCGUACAGUGAUGAUUCGGAAUCCGACGCUGGCCCGCCCACACCACGUCGGGAGACACCUGCGAGAUCCGUAUCGGUCAAUUCUAAGAUCAAGUUGAAGGUCAAGCCAGCCAAGAAAGAGAAAGUAGCAAAAGCCCCCCGGACACCAAGGCCACCUGGAGUUAUGGGAACGAACGUACAUAGCGCGGUUGCCGGAAUAUCGACAAGUAACGCACUAGCGAAACUCCAACCUCCACCACCGGAUGCGAAAGCGGGAACCGAAGAUGCGCCUUGGCUUCAGUUGACCGCAUGGGAGCUUGCGAAGCUCAGAAAGAGAAUGAAAAAGAAUGCGGUAUGGAGCCCGAGCGAUACAAUGAUCGCACGUGAAUUAAAACAAUUGGGACGAGGAAUUGAAGCGUAUCGUACUGCAAAGAGUAAGGCUGACGCUGCAGGACAGCCUUUCGAACAAUCGGUACCACCCCAACUCACCGGGAAGACAGUUAUCGCGGAAGGUGCUAUAAGUGCAGAAGCCUUAGGCACAGAAGAGAUACAACUUAGCAAUCGUGGUAUGAAGCUUAACGAAGCCAAGAAAUUAAAAAGAGAGGCAGCAGCAAAAGAGCUUGCCAAAUUGGCGGCUGAAGAAGCUGAAGAAUCUGUACGAAAGAUGACAGAAGCUGCUAGUACAGUAAAGAGCCUUUUUGGGAAUCAUCCCGAAGAGAAAGAGAAAGAAAAAGAGAAAGAAAAAGAGAAAGAGAAAGAAAAGGAGAAAGAAAAAGAAAAAGAAAAAGAAAAAGAGAAAGAAAAAGAAAAAGAAAAAGAGAAAGCCCCUACUAAAACACCUAAGAAGCAGCCAGCAUCGAAAAAACGAAAACGCGAGUCUACAAUCGAAGACGUAAAGACGAAUGGCGAGGCAAACCCACCGAGUAUAGAUGGCAUAACUGACACGAAUGACGCUCAAGGUGAUAAAGUGAAUGAAGUAGAUUCUUCGAAAUUAGGUAAGCCUCAAUUCAAGAGAACGAAGACUGAAACCCCGGUCCCACCCCCUCAUCCCAUCAUCACAAAUGCCACUCCCCGCGCAACUCCUGUACCAACUUUGGAAUCUGCCGUAUCCGUGGCAUCUUCCAUUGCUCCAUCAGUACCAACUACAGAUACACCAAUCAGUUCUACUCCGGUUGCAUCAGUAACGGCUACAUCACCACCAAAAUCCUCAACGCCAAUUCUUCCUCCGGGUGUGGAAAAGAAGGAGGCCAAGAAAGAGGCGAGAAAAGCAGCGGCGGCUGCUAAAAAAGAGGCCAAAGAAGCCGCAAAAGCAGUUGUGGAAUCGGAAUUGGCAGAAAAGAAGGAAGAUCAAAAAUCGGAAAAGCUAGAGAAGACAACUAACACACGUGCCACUCGCAAAGCAACUCCGGUUGCUCAAGUAAUUGAACCCACUACACCACCAGUAUCAGAACCCCUUCCAGCUAAAAGACCAACAUCUUCUCGCGGUAAAGCAGCCGCUGCAAAAGAAGCGGUAACUGCUGCCGCCAUCAAAGCAGAAGAGCCCAUUUCUGCAGCUCCUAUGCCAGCAGUAUUAGAUCGCCCCAGACGCACUAGCACAGCUCGUAACACGCCGGCACCAGAAACUCGUCAACCGAGCAAAAGAGCAAAAAGGCCCGCCCCAGGUGUUGUAACUCUUACAACAGAAGGUGGAUCUACUGCCGUAAGCGUUGGCAAGAGACGUGCUGCUCCACGCAAAAAGGCAGGACAGAAAAAGGAAAAGAAAGAUGGAAGAGAAGGCAGUGCGGUUCAAGAAGUUUUGGAUGAGGUAGAUGAUGAUGGAAAUUUGAUUGAUCCAAACGAACAGAGAUAUUGCAUUUGUAAUCGGGUUAGCUUUGGCACGAUGAUUGCUUGUGAGAAUGAUAAUGUGAGUCUUCCUUUCCACAAGAGGUCUGUGUUUUGGUUUGUAUUGAAUACGGAAAAGAGGAAGGAAAAGGAAUAA